AUGAAGACGAUUGCGAAAGGCCGUGGUGGCCUACUUCGAAAGCUCGUCCUGUCAUUUCUUCCGCUCGUUCCUUGCGCCGACCGGAUCCUGGGCAAAUGGUGGCUUCAAAUUAGAGCGGAAGACUACCUUACGCGGGGCCAAGCCGGCUUAGGCUUCUACGGAAAGCUCAAAGUCUUCCUUAGAGAGAAGGGUGUCAAAGAUUCAGACUGGUCGUAUGCAUACCUUGUAACGGCUCCACGAUUUUUGGGCUACUCGUUCAAUCCUGCCUCCUUCUGGUACAUAUACAACCGUGACCACCAACUGACGAGGAUGAUCACCGAAGUAAACAAUACAUUCGGAGAAAGGCACCUAUACUUACUGGACGGGUCAAGCCCAACAAGCCCAGCGACUACUCCAGGCGAAGAAGAGCUAGUUCCUACGCCCCCGAAGGCAACAUUUGCCGACUAUUGGACCAAGGAGUUCCACGUCUCGCCUUUCAAUUCGAGGAAAGGCGGCGGCUACGCGCAGAAGGCUCUCAACCCCUUUCCAUCACCCACCUCCUCGCCUGCUAUUGAAAUUACGAUCACUUUGAAAUCAACCAAAGACCAUGCGAAGAUAGUUGCGCGAUUAUUCUCGGUCGCUGCAGCGCUCAAGCUCGAUGAACUAAGCUGGUUCAGAGCUUUCAAGUUUACCGCUGUAUGGUGGACCGUAGGCUUUUUGACGUUCCCACGUAUCUUGAAGGAAGCCUUGGUGUUGUAUUUCCGGAAAGGCCUUCGUGUAUGGUUCAGACCGGAAGUACUUGCCUCUAGUAUCGGUCGGUUACCGUCGCAAACAGAGAGUCUCUUACACACGGUUUUCCGAGACUAUCUCUUUUCUCUCGUGCAUCUUUCCGAGGACCCUUUCAGGAUCAAUCUCGAGACCUCUAUUCCGGACAAACCCAGAGAUGUUGUUGCAACCACGCAGCGACGAGGCCGCGAAGUGGACGUAAAGAAUCUGGACAUACGUGUCUCUACUGGUGCUUUUUACUCUCGUUUUGUGCACUACGCCCAUACCUCAGAGGCGUUUGACCGCGAAUGCCUGUUUACGGACGAGAAGAACCGCACUUUGUGGAUCUCACAGCCUGGUCUUUUGCCUGAGCUACUACGAAAGACACCCUUGAAAGAUUUGAAGCAGCAGGAACAGCUCGUAAAGAGAAGCUACAUUGAUGAGCUGCGGUGGACCGUGCUGAGAAAGCUGAGGUGCCCGCCCGCUGACCCGGCGUAUCCCAUUUCCCCCAAGUCUGCCGAAUUCGAGAUCGACGACAUUCGUGAGCAUGCUUUCUCGGAACUUGACCGAUUUGUGCGGGGCCCUGCUGGCAAGUCUUAUGCAGGACCAUACAGGAGAGCGGCAACUAAACUCUUCCUGGCUCAACGAUGCGCGUUAGGAUUUACAGAAGUGAUCGAUUUGUUGGAUUUCUGCCUGCGGGCCAUAUUCUGUUGGCUAGGUGCCAGCAUGCUCUGCUCGUAUGUUCAAGCUGGCGAUCAACAUUACGCAUCAAGCGUGUAUGACGGCGUCUACAAUUUGUGGACAACAGCAACAACAUUGGGAUCAUGCCAUGUGUAUGGUUUCGCGAAGGGAUACAGGUAG